GGCUUAACGCGUGAUAUCGCCAAUAUUCUUGAGAUUACAUUUGUAUUGCGUGAUAUGAUGGAUAAAGCCGAAGUCCAAAAACCAGCUUUUCUAGUCAUUCGUACAAAUUCCUGGCUGCAUAGAGGAUUUAGACGAAUUUAUGAUGCUGAUAUUAUCUCAGAAACUGAAAAUAUACAUGUAUCCGCGGCAAGAGACUUUCCUAUCAAAGUAUCAAACUUGCGUAAAGACCUUCUUGCAUCAGCCCUUGAUUCAAUUCGGCUUUAUUGUACAGAUGAAAAUAACAUGGGGCACAGGGGCAGUUUCCUCUACUUCAAUGACUUUAAAGAAAUUCAAAAGUGGAAUGCGAUGCAAGCAAUUGUCCAAAUACUCCAAAAAAAUUUGAAGCCAUUUCGGGAAGAAGUGAACAAUUGCAUUAAG